CAGGGAAGUGAUCUGACUGCGAGGACCUCUGGCAGAGGCCAAGCUCGAUGUGACUCCUGUGACCAAGAAGAUUUAUAGCAGCUAUCUCAUAACUGGAAGUCACAGGGACAACAGCCACUUUUGUGUUACAGGACUGAAUAGGUUUGGGUUUUUUCCCACUAUGGCUUGAUUCCUCCAUCCUCCAAUUGUCAUAGAUUUUCCCCUGCAGAAGGUGGAAGGAGACACGGAGCACUUAAACCUAUGCUUGUUGCAACAGAAAUAAAGUGCCCUUCCCUGGCUCAGCGCCCGGUGCCAACAGAACACCUUGCAGGAUCCUCAGCAGCGCAGACAACCUGGAUGCUCAAGAGCAGAGGAUCUAUCAACUGCAGACCAAGCAGAGGGAGAGGCAGGCAGAACUGGAGCAGAAAUGCAGCCGGAUCCAGCAGCUCAGACAAGACCUGGAGGCCAGCCACCAGCGGCAGGAGGAAGCUCAAAAGCAGGUCUGAGUGCUGAAACCGCAGAAAACCUGGGAAACCUUCCUGGGGGAGUCUUCUUCUCCACAUGGACCACCGCCGGCACAGACCCGUGACCCAGCGCCGCCGCCGUGGACCCCCGCACCCCAGGGUGCAUCUGCCGGGGCGACCCUGGUGGAGGGGGCUCCGGCUGCCCCCGCUGCGCCCCAAGGACCAGAAGGAUGAGGUGGUGCAGACAGAGGUCACCUCCUACGUGGCUACCCACAGCCGUUCUGACACCAGCUACAAUAUCCUGAAGGAGGAGAACACAGAGGGGCUCAAGCAGCUGGGGGCACCGGAGGAGCUGAGCCAGGGCCUGCAGGAGGAGCUGGGAGCCGCCCAGGCACGGGAGCAGCGAAGUCUGCAGCUGCUUAGUGGAGCCAGGGAGACCAUCCAAGACCUGCAGCAAGAAGUAGCCUCCAACAGAAAGCGUGUGGCAGAGCUGCUGCAGCAGGUGCAGGACAUGACCGCCCUGCAAGGAGAGUUGGCCCAAGCCCAGCAAGAGAAAGCAAAGCAGGAGGAGAAGAUUGCAGCCUAUGAGGAAGAGAGGCAGAAGCUCCACUGGGAGCUGAGCAAUCUGCAGAGGUCCCAGGAGCAGAGCAAGCAGGAGGCCCGCUCCUUUCAGGAGAGGCUGCAGGAGCUGAGCAGCCGAGCCCAGCACUGGCAGCAGCUACACGAGGACAGCGAGCAAGCUCUGGCUAUGCGAGAAAAGGAGCUGGUGGUUUGCAAGGUGGAGCUGUCUUUCCUCAAGGAAGAGCUCAGCAAGGCCACGGAGCAGGCAGUCAAAUGAAAGACCAGGGCACAAGAUCCAGUGGCAAACCAAGCAGACCGCAGAGCUGACAGGAGAAAAGGCGCAUCUUCAAGAGACAGUCGGCAGGAUGCAGGAGGAAAACACGUACCUGAUGGUCAGAACACAUGAGCAGCACCACAAGUGUGAGCAGCGGAAGGUGAGCUGAAUUCCUGGCACAGCCUGGCCUGAAACAGGGCUGGGCCUGUGCUCUUAUGUGUGCAGGGACAGCUGUGCACCGGCUACCUGCCCAGGGCAGGGGCUGGGGGAGAACUGCCUUUGCAGUAGCACAGGCCAGGGCUGGGCCAGGGACAGGUUGUCUUUGCUCUCUAGGUCAGUUCAAUUCUGUGCCUUGUCCCAGGCUCUACAGGGCAACAACUUUACAGUAGCAGCCCUGCACAAUUCUGCAAGGCUUCCUCCACCCAACACUCGCCUCCAGGACAAGAAGCAGUGCAAAAUAAAGCAAGGAUUAGACUGACAA